CACAGAGGCAGGCGAAAAAUGCGAGGAAAACAAAACGACAAGGCGCAACGCAAAGAACUCGCGAAAAUGCGAAAAUAAGUCGAAAGACGAAGAAGUAAAAUUAAAUUCGCGAAAACUACGAACAAAACUACAAGUACAAGUGAGAGUAAUCAGAGUGCAGAAAGUUAACGCAUAAGAAAAUGGUGCUGCUGCUGGUACACCUGCGGCGACUCAUCCUUUUGCUGACCGUGGUCCAUCUGUGCGGUACGGUGUUCCGGCGCCUCGUCACUGAACGACACCACGCAUACGUCCUGCAGCCCUAUGGCUUCCAGGGAGUGGGACGCCUGCGGAGUGGCGGCUGGUUCAAGGAGCCGCUACACGUUCAGUGGUGGGCCUACAUCUACACCUGCUACGGCUACUGUGUGCUGGUCAACUACGUCAGCAUGCGCCGGCUGACCAACUUGAUUGAGUUCUUUUUGAACUGAGACUGUUCUGCAAUCAAAUGUUAUGUGGGUAGGCCCAGGACCAA